AGGGUUUUUCUGUCGAAAAACGAACGCAAAUAGGUACGUCCAAAUCUGCGUAUUCGUGCGUGCUGCCCUCUGCGAGCGUUGCAAACCGGCAUUCGUACGACGACGGAGGAAUAGUGCACGACUGGACGAGGCAUCUGUGUCGGUUGAACAUUUGAAUUUUUUUCCGGUUCGUAAGUACGUCGUUCUGAAUCAUGAGUGCUGACGGCAAAGAUGUUGCAGUGGAGAAGGUUGCGGAAGCCGAUGCCGCGGAGCUGAAGGGGAAGCGAAAGGCUGAGGAAGCCGAGAAGGACACGAAGAAGCAAAAGAAGGCCGAGGAGAACGGUGAUGCCGAAGAUGACGAGAAGGUAGACGCCGAGGAUGAGGAGGAGGAGCCUGACGAUGAAGACGUCGCCGAGGAAGAAGAACUCGACGAGGACGCAGAGGGUGAGGAAGAAGAAAACGAAGGUGAUGACGGUGAAGAGGACGAGGACGACGCUUGAACAAGCUGCUAUGUUAUGGAAAUUCGUUUUCUCUCCGCGCCUUUUCGAUCUUUGGCGUCUGAUGUAACUGUCCUUGAGCUGGCACAUUGCGUUCGUAAAACAUCGCGCUGUCUGGUGACCUCGAUUUUCUCACGUUUCUCAGGCAUCCCGAUAAUUUUGUACGAGUUCAGUUUGUCUAUCGGUUUCUCACCCGUUAGUGUCUCCGCGCCGCGCUCAUCUAAGUCACUUCUGAUCUCCGAGCGCGGAUCGUGGAGACGGCGUGCGUGACCGUUUUCUGCUCGAAGCGCGUUGCAGGGCUGCGUGAUUCGUUUCGAGAUUGGCAAAUACAAAGCGUGUAAGGUUGAAAGUUGAUCGUUGUGCCCAGGGAAGAGGUCAUUUUCACAUCCUAGACACUUCAGUUCAGAUAGGUUGGAAAUGAUUAUUUGGUCCGCGAGGUGAUGUGGUUUUUUUGUGCGAAUGGGUUCGUUUUCCUUUCUUGCAUGUUGAUCGAGUUUUUUAUAACAAAAAAGUGAGGUGGGCAAAGCUGGAAAAUGUUGAGCUGUUUGAGCGAUGAAUCUUCUUCGUUCUUGUCUUCCUCUACUCAUUUCCCCAGA